AGCAUCAUAAUAAAGUCUCACUAGCAAUAAUUGUUCUAAAAGUUUUAGUUCAUAUAUUUUAAAAGCUAAACACAAACUUAACUAAAAUUUUAUUUCUCCACGAUGGACGGCAAGGAGCGCAAUUCCAGUUGUGACCAAAGCUACGAGGACGACAAUCGCAGCAAUUACUCCGAAGCAGCGCAACAAAAUGGCGAACAAAUGGUGCAAGAGGAGACGCCGAUACGUGUGCGUGACAUGAUCAAUAUAUACAACUUUGCCACGCAAAAGAAUCAGGAGCUGGCACAUGUCAAGUCGUUGUACUUUGGUGCCAAUCAAGCGGAGGCCAAUGAGUGCUACCAGCAGCAGCAGCAGCAGCAGCAACAGGAAUGCUGCAACAGCAUUUCAUUUAAAAUGCCAGAAGUCAAGCCGGGCAACUUUCGCGUAACUAGCUCAGAUAAUCAAACGUCGCUGCGUCAAUCCAUAGACUGCGAUCAAGCUGGCGUGGACUCCGUGGAGAAGUCAUAUCAGAGCAAAACUACUAUUAGACGCACGGAGGAUGGUGUUCGCAUUAUUAUUGAUAUAUUUUUUGACAAAACUAACACAGACAUUGACAUUGUAAAUAGUCGCGUGGAAACGGAUAUACCCGAGAGUCGCAUUCUGGCAGAUUUUCAGCAACAUUCGCUGGACUUGCACUCGCAGCAGAUGAAGUCGCACCAGCCCUAGAUACAAUUUUCAACCUUUGAAUACACUGCUCACCAAAUUUUAUGUUAUGUAUAAUCUAACGUUGUAUAUUUUCUGUUUGUUUACUGCUCCCCAUAAAAUACGCCUAUAUUAAUUGCAAGCA